UUCUUGGAAGCCACUCUAGGAGGCCAUGAAAUUAUAAACAUAUGUAUACUCCCCUAUAUAUAUACACACACAGAUGGAGUAUAUUGAAACAUAAAUUCUUCUUCCUUCACAGACAAGCCAAUCUUUUUUUUUUUUUUUGUAAUAUAUAUAAAUAUUCCUAUUUCUAUGACACUUCCAUUUUGUUUAUAUGUUCAACCAUAUUUUUCCUAACAUAUUUGUCUCCUUCUACUCUCUCUCUCUCUCGAGUUGUUUUCUGAUUUAUAGUUUCAUAGCCCAGAAAGAUAGCAGUAAUGGCAGAAAUUGCCAAUUACAGAAUAAGCAAUGAGUUUGGUUGUGGUUUCAUGAGUGGAAUUUUCAACCGUUGGAGCCACUGGUCCAAAAAAUCCCCUGCUGUUCAUUCACUAACAAGCUCUGAAAACCCCAACAAGCCCAACAAUCAUGGCUCCCACAAAAAUAGAAGCACCACCUCGCCAGAGCCCACCAUUGAAGCUGUGAUGAAACUACACCAAAAACCCACUAGGAAUUCAGUUUCACAGAGGAAAAUUCAAGGGAGGAGAAUCUCAGACGCUGCAAGAAGCUCAACUUCUUCCUCCAAAUCUAAUGGUUCAGGGGAAGAGAGAAAGCUGAGAAUAAGAGAGUCCACACCCAAUAAUUCUCUCCAACUCGCUCGAGUUAACGAUACCAAAGCUCUGUCCAAAACAAGUACCACCAAUAUUAAUAUUAAUGGUGGGAUGGUGUUGGGACAUAACAAUUUGGGUAACUUGAAGCAACCGUUGAGUAAUAAUACCACUACUCCUCCAACCUGUUCGUCUAGAAGUACUAUUUUGGCACUUUCUAAAAGCCUUCAAGUUCAUCAAGAGAUGAGCUAUGCAACUAGCAAAAAUGGCUAUGGAAACAUUGUGAGGAACAACAGUGAUGAGUUUCGAGGGAUUUCGAAUAAUAAGUUGGAGCCUGAAGCGUUGAAGAGAAUGGGAAAUGAGGCAUACAAGGAAGGAAGAUUUAAAGAUGCUUUGGCUUUGUAUAAUCGAGCCAUUGCUUUGGACUCCAGUAAGGCAGCUUAUCACAGCAACAAAAGUGCUGCUUUGAUUGGUUUGGGACGACUUAUUGAAGCAAUUUGUGAAUGUAACGAAGCCAUUAGAAUUGACCCUUCUUAUCACAGAGCUCAUCAUCGUUUGGGAACAUUGUAUCUCAGGUUGGGACAGGCAGAGAAAGCUUUGUAUUACUACAAACAAUCUGGGCCUUAUACUAACACAAAAGACACGUACAAAGCUGAAGCUCUUGAAAGAUGUCUACUGAGUUGUGACGAAGCUCGUAAACUCCAAAACUGGAAUACUUUGUUGACAGAGACCCAAUUUGCAAUAUCCUCUGGUGCCAAUUCAGCUCCACUGUUGUUUACUUUACAAGCAGAGGCUCUGUUUAGGCUUUUAAGACAUGAAGAGGCAUACGCCAUAUACCAAAAGGGAGCCAAUUUCAGCAUUGAUGUUUGCACCAACUUCUUUGGCAUGCCUUCUAGUGCUUACCGGUUAAUGAUUGGAUCCCAAGUUUACUUGGCUUCUGGCAGGUUUGAUGAUGCUGUAGUGGCAGCUGAAGAAGCAGCAAAACUUGAUCCAAAUAACAAGGAGAUCAUGACAUCAGUAAAGAGAGCCAAAGCGGUUUCAUCGGCACGAUCAACGGGUAAUCUUCUGUUCAAGGCGGAAAAGUACUCCCAUGCCUGUGUUGUAUACAGUCAAGGACUAGAACAAGAUCCGUACAACUCUGUUUUACUAUGCAACCGGGCAGCUUGUCGCGCUAAGCUCAUCCAAUUCGAAAAGGCCAUUGAAGACUGCACUGCAGCUCUUGUUGUACAGCCUUCUUAUAGCAAGGCCAGGCUACGUAGAGCCGACUCUAAUGCCAAGUUGGAGAGGUGGGAAGCUGCAAUUCAAGAUUACGAAUUUCUUAUAAGAGAGAUGCCAGGGAAUGAAGAAGUUGGGCGAGCUUUGUUUGAGGCUAAAAUCCAACUCGAAAGACAACAUGGUGAAGACAUUAAGGACAUGAAGUUGGGAUCCAACUUGGUUUCAAUCUCCAGCACUGAACGUUUCAGACACAUAGUAACUUCACCUGGAAUGUGUGUAGUGUUGUUUUGUAACAAAGCAAAACAAAAAAGAGUGUUUCAAGCAUUGGAACAAGUGUGCAAGAGAUUCCCAUCAGUGAAUUUCCUCAAGGUAGAAGUGGAGGACUACCCUUACUUGGUCAAAACAGAAGGAGUAACCACCAUUCCAACCUUUAAGAUAUACAAAAAUGGUUCCAGGGUUCAGGAAAUUCCAGGCAACAACCAUGAACUAUUAGAGAACUCAGUCAAAUGGUACAGCAGUACUACUUGAACACUCACACUCACACACACUUUUUUAAUAUACAGAAAAAUCCUCAAAUUUUUGAACACCCCAUAGGUUAUUAAUUAUUUUUACUGAUGUGGCUUUGCAACUAUUUCGUUAAUUGAUUGUAUAUUUCUUUUUUAAUUUACAAAAUAUGAUUGUAUGCAGUCUUCAACAAUAAAUUUUCCAACUGUUAAGAGUGAAA